AUGAGUAAUAAAAGGACGGUGUAUUUUUAUGAUCCUGAGAUAGGGAAUUUCAAUUAUGCAAUGGGACAUCCGAUGAAGCCUCUGCGUGUGAAGAUGACGCACUCACUGCUUGUUGGAUAUGAGCUUUAUAAACACAUGGAUAUAUUGAGACCUUUCCAUGCAUCAUACGAAAACCUGACAAGCUUCCAUUCCAUAGAUUAUAUAAAUUUUCUUUCGAGUGUCUCUGGGGAGAAUAUGGGAGAAAUGCUGAAGGAUCUGCAUAAAUUUAACAUACGAGAUGACUGCCCCGUGUUUCCUGGGCUAUAUGACUAUUGUAGAUUGACAGCAGGGGGGAGUAUAUAUGCGGCUCAGAAGAUUAAUUCUGGAAGAUAUGACAUUGCAAUAAACUGGGCGGGUGGUUUACAUCAUGCAAAAAGAAGCGAGGCAUCUGGGUUUUGUUAUGUAAACGAUAUAGUGCUCGCAAUUCUUGAGCUUUUGAAGUACAACAAAAGGAUAUUGUACAUAGACAUAGACAUUCAUCAUGGAGAUGGUGUUGAGGAGGCGUUCUAUACUACAGACCGAGUGAUGACUGUUUCAUUUCACAAGUAUGGAGAUUAUUUCCCUGGGACUGGGAUGGUAUCGGAUGUUGGGAUGGCAAGGGGAAGAGGAUACUCUGUGAAUGUGCCGUUAAAAGAUGGGAUUGAUGAUGAAACGUACUUUAGUGUUUUCAAGCCCGUAAUUAGCAAGGUGAUUGAGGUGUACCAGCCAAAUGCAAUUGUAUUGCAAUCUGGAGCAGAUUCAUUAUCAGGAGACAAGCUUGGCUGCUUCAACCUAUCGCACAUUGGGCAUUCAAAAUGCAUAAAGUUUGUGCAGAGCUUCAAUAUUCCUCUUAUAUUGCUUGGAGGAGGAGGAUACACCAUUGGAAAUGUUUCGAAAGCAUGGGCAUAUGACACAAGCAUGCUGUUAGACGUGGAAAUUCCACAGGAGAUUCCGUACAACGAAUACUUCUAUUAUUAUGCACCUACUUAUAAAAUUGAUGUUCCUACCUCUAAUAUGGUGAAUCAAAACUCAAGAGAGAACCUUGAGAGCAUUGUAUCAAAGGUUUAUGAAAACCUUAGAAAUAUUAAUCAUGCACCUUCUGUGCAAAUGGCAAGCAUUCCACCAGAGUUUAUUAGCGAUGCAACUGAUCAGGAGGCAUUUGGUAAAAACAGUUAUGAAAAUGAUACGCUGGAUUACAAUAAUCUUUCUAGCGUAAAAAAUGAUGAUGUGGCUUGA